UUGGUAUAAAAGCUCUUCGAAAGCAACAGUACUCCUUAUCCUCUCCAGGGAACAUACUUCCCAUCAUAUCCAUUGAUCAACAUAUAGAAAUCAGCCAUGGCGCAGAACCCAGCCCCCCUUCCCAUUGACACCAGCUUAUGGCAGAACCGUGAUCGGGAUCAACCGAUCCUCAAGUUUAAUGCUACUGCAGUGAGGAUGCCUAGGCAAUACGAUCCUUCCAACCCAUUCACUGGUGCAUACAAAGAAAGUGAUGAAGAACGCUCGACUUCAUUUGACACACGCAAAAAUGAAGACUCAAACCCCGUUGUUGAAAUCCAAAUGAUCAGCAAGCCUUUCUUUGCCCCUUACUAUUGGGAGACCCCUAUCAUCAAGAAGUAUACCACUACCGAUGUUUACAACCUUCUGGUCGCAAAAAAGUUCAAUCACUACCAGUACAAUGGUGCUGGAAGUGGCUGUCUUACUUGGACUACUGCUCUCAUCGAGCUUCUUGAAAAUGAAGGAGUUAUUGCUGUUGGUUCGAAGAUCAGCUUUUUGAAAAAGGUUGAUGAGGUUCGCACCGAUACAAAGUACUGGGUUCCCCUUGAGCCUGGUGCUGAAUUCUAUAACUAAGGGUUUGCAGAAUUUGAAGGUCGUAGAGUUAUGAAUUGUCAAGUACAUUAACUAUGAUGAGUGUCAACAACUACAUGGCGAUGUAAUGGAAGGACAGGAGACAUCUUCGCCGACGUUGAGGGUAUACCAGUAGCUGUGGCAGCAAGAGGUUUAGGUGCAGAAUAACAUGAU